AUGUUAGCAUUCUUUGCUACACGCGUGAUCUCCGCACCAAAGGUCACAAAGAAAGUCUUCUUCAAGAUCUCCAUUAAUGGAGAGGAUGCCGGCACAAUCAAGUUUGGCUUGUUCGGCGAUGAUGUUCCAAAGACAGCCGAAAACUUCCGCGCCCUCUGCACAGGCGAGAAGGGAAUGGGCAAGCUUGGAAAGCCACUCCACUACAAGGGCUCUCCAUUCCACAGAGUUAUCCCUAACUUCAUGAUUCAGGGUGGUGACAUCACAUCUGGCAACGGCUAUGGUGGCGAGUCAAUCUACGGCAGUAAGUUUGCUGAUGAGUCAUUCAAGAUCACACAUGAUGGCCCAGGUCUCCUUUCCAUGGCUAACUCUGGUCCAAACACAAAUGGUUCCCAAUUCUUCAUCACAACAGUUCCAUGCCCAUGGCUUAAUGGCAAGCACGUUGUUUUCGGCAAGGUUAUCGAAGGUAUGGAAAUCGUUAAGAAGAUCGAAUCAUUAGGUUCACAAUCUGGCACACCAAAGGCCAAGAUCAUCAUCGCUGACUGCGGUGAAAUCACAGAGUAA